GCUUCCUCUCCGCCCUGACAACAGCGCGGUCUCUGACUACGUGGGGGUAGACUCCGGUGGGCCUGCCGGCGACGAGAUGCUGAAGGCCAAGAUCCUCUUCGUGGGACCCUGCGAGAGUGGGAAGACCGUUUUGGCCAACUUCCUGACAGAAUCUUCUGACAUCACCGAAUACAACCCAACCCAAGGAGUGAGGAUCCUGGAGUUUGAGAACCCACACGUUACCAGCAACAACAAAGGCACGGGGUGCGAAUUUGAGCUAUGGGACUGUGGCGGUGAUCCAAAGUUUGAGUCCUGCUGGCCAGCCCUAAUGAAGGACGCUCACGGGGUGGUGAUCAUCUUUAAUGCUGACAUCCCAAGCCACCUGAAAGAGAUCGAGACGUGGUAUUCCUGCUUUGUCCAGCAGCAGUUCCUACAAGAUACCCAGUGUCUGUUAAUCGCACACCACAAACCAGGCUCUGCAAGUGAUAAAGGCAACCUGUCUUUGUCGCCACCCUUGAACAAGCUGAAGCUGGUGCACUCAAAUCUUGAGGAUGACCCUGAAGAGAUCCGGAUGGAAUUCAUAAAGUAUUUAAAAAGUAUAAUCAACUCAGUGUCUGAGAGCAGAGACCGGGAGGAGAUGUCAAUUAUUACCUAACCAGCCUUCAUCGGGACCCUGCCACAUCCCAAGUGAGGUCAGCAUUUUUCCCAGCGCAGGUCUGAAAUCUUACCCGGCUGCUGAUGUUUUCUUCUCCCUGUGGCACUAGAAGACAUUUACCUUAUCUGCUUUAAGGUACCAGUCACCUAGGGAGUUGAAUCAUACUAUCUAUGCUCUAUCCUUACUUCAGCUGAGAAAAUCGUAUUACUGAAUUUUGAUUCCUUUGCCCCAGGCCUCUCUGCAGAGCUGGAAAAUGGGGUGUUUUAUUUUCCCCUUCACAUAUGUCAAGUUAUAAAACUUGUGGAAUUGUAACUGUCAUAGCCCAAUGAUACAACAGUAGUUAAAUCCAUAUGUAUUGGUUGGAAUGUGAUUUUCAUUCCUUCAUUCACUCAACAAAUAACGACUUGUUAAGCAUC